CUUUCUCUCAGCUGUUUCGACGUCAGAGGAACGACGGACUUCGGAAAGUAAACAAGUUCUGCUCCUCUGCUUCUUUUCCGGAAAGUCACAAUGAACCGCUUGAGAUGUGCUCCUCUUGCCCGCUUGCCUCGUUUAGCUGCUAGUCCACAGCACCUCGUUACUUCAAGGUUUGCUGGGCUGCAGAGAUGGCAGUCCUCAGCAGCAGCACCAGCCACAGCAGUACAGAAGAAUGUGGAGCUGAACAACCGGUUUCCCACUCAGGACCUGCGGAUGGCUCAGACCAGUGUUGAAUUUAAUGUGGAAGCAAUGACCGCACUCUUGGAUCAUGACAACCAUGAAAUGAGAGCCAAGUUUAGAGAGUUCAUGAGUGACCCAGUCAUGGUCCCCCGCUACAAUAUUCCGCUGCAUGAGGAGCGUGAUGUGGCCCUGGCUCGCCUCCAGCGCAUUUGCGACAACAAGUUCAUCUCCGUGCUGGACUUCCGUACUAACCCACUACGGAUCUUCGCUGCUCAUGAGUUGGCUGCCAUUAUCGACCCUGCCAUGACAACCAAGAUGACUGUGCAGUUCAACUUGUUUGGCGGAACAGUCCUGAAGCUUGGCACAGAGAGGCACCAUGAGAAACUCUUGGAGGGCAUUGACAACUUGAACGACAUUGGAUGCUUUGGCCUUACUGAGUUGGGCUACGGCAACAAUGCUGUCGAGAUGGAAACAACAGCAGUUUACGACAAGGAAACAGAUGAAUUCAUUGUAAACACACCUCACCCCUUGGCACAGAAGUACUGGAUCACAAAUGGAGCCGUCCAUGCUAAGCACGUGGUUGUCUUUGCCCAGCUGAUUAUGGGGGGAACCAACCAUGGCAUUCAUGGCAUUCUCGUUCAGAUCCGAGACAAUGACUUGAAGGUGAUGCCUAAAGUGCGUGUGGAGGACAUGGGGUACAAGAUGGGCCUGAAUGGUGUGGACAAUGCCAAGUUGGUGUUUGACAAUGUUAGGGUGCCAAGAGAAAAUCUGCUGAACAGAUUCAGCGACGUAAAUGAGGAGGGAGAAUUUGUCUCCAAAAUCAAAAGUUCACGAGCACGGUUCCUGACAGUAGCUGACCAGCUUUUGUCAGGUCGCAUCUGUAUUGCCAGUAUGUCCAUGGGAGGUGCAAAGGCUUCCCUUGCCAUUGCUCUGCGCUAUUCAGCAUCUAGGCUCACUGUUGGACCAAAGGGGAAGUCUGACAUGUCUAUACUGCAGUACCAGUUGCAGCAGCGUGCCCUGAUACCACUCUUGGCCAGGACUUAUGCAGUGAACUUUGGACUCGACUAUGUGAAGAGACGCUGGGCCUUCCAGUCACCUGAUGGCUCUGAGCACCCAGAGGUGGUUACCAUGUGCUGUGUCAUCAAGCCUCUAGCAUCCUGGAACCUAGAGGAAGUUGUAUCUGUUAGCCGAGAGCGCUGUGGAGGCCAAGGAUAUCUAUCUUGUAACAGGUUUGGAACUUUCAUUGGCUUGGCCCAUGCUGCCAUGACAGCUGAGGGAGACAACUGUGUGUUGAUGCAGAAGGUAGCAAAGGAGAGGCUGGCUGCAUUCAAGCCACUGCCAAUGAACCCAGAUCUCCCAGAAAAUCCUGCCAACAUUGAGUAUCUGCAUGACCUACUCAACCGAAGAGAGAACCAGCUUUUCAUGACUCUUGGCAAGAAACUGAUGGCUGCUGGAAAGGCUGGCCUCUUUGAUACAUGGAUGAUGCAGGAGUCAGACUUGGUGCAAGCUGCUGCCAGGGCUUUUGGAGAGAGGCUCAUCUCUGAUCAGUUUGGUGAGGUUAUUAAAACCUGUGAGGAAAGUCUGAAGCCUAUUUUGACCAAGAUGCACCACCUGUAUCUAGUUGACAUUGUGGAAAAGAACUUGGGUGUCUUCAUAUCCAAUGGAAUUAUAACUCCUGAUGUUGCUGCUAAGGUAUUUUUUCUUAACUUUUCUUUACAUAAUAAUUCUUUUUUUUUUUUUUUAAGAUGCACCACCUGUAUCUGGUCGACAUUGUGGAAAAGAACUUGGGUGUCUUCAUAUCCAAUGGAAUUAUAA